AUGCGCGAGACACAAGCCAAUACCUCCAGCUGGAAAACAGCACUCUGUGCAUAUGUUCUCUCGAUUUCUACCAUCUCAUUCUAUUCCAUUCUUUGCGUUUUGUUGAGUUAUGCUAUACUCGACUUGAUAUCACCUAAUCCAGGCAUAUCUGUUCAUAAAAAUCCUUCGAAUUUCUCUACCUCGAAGACGCGCAGGGAUUCAAGACAGAUUCCAUUCUCGUCUGAUAUCUUAUCUGGAAAAGCAGGACCAGAUGGAAAUCUUUUACCGAGUUCAGAGACACCUUGGGAUCCAAGUACCGAAAAAGGUGCCAAGACUUUGAAGUACCUUUCAAAGAAAAGGUUUCCACUCACUCUAUCCCAAGAUUUGCCUAUGGGAUGGCAGGGUAUGCAUGCACCACCAAACCUAACUUGGCCUUCACCCAAUGCAAUCAAACCUCGUUCAGAUAAACAUUCAAGUCCUGUUCCGAUUGAUCAGAUAUAUGGACAAUCAACAGGAUCGAAGGGUAAAACAAACCCAGAAACCUGGAGAAUUCCACGUCAGAGAUGGGAUCCAGCUUCGGCCAAAUUAUCAGGAGGAAGUGAAAGGCUUUUAAAGAUUCAGUGGCCCGGUUUCCAGGAUAAAACUCUAUGGGAUAGCUCACAUCAGAAGUCAGUCACUAAGCAGAGAAAAGAAUGGGUCACUCGAGCCUUCAGCCACGCCUGGGAAGGGUACAAAAAACAUGCUUGGGGAUUUGAUGAAGUACGACCGUUGAGCAACAAAGGCGUGAACACGUUCAAUGGAUGGGGAUCUACUAUCAUUCAAUCUUUGGAUACUUUGCUCAUCAUGAAUAUGACCAGAGAGUACAACUAUGCAAGGACACAUAUCCGAGCAGUUGAUUGGUCGAGCGUCAUGAAUUCUAAUCUAAAUGAUAAAUCAUCCACAAAUGUUAUCAAUAUAUUUGAGGCGAUCGUUAAAAAUCUUGGGGCCUUGAUAUCGGCUUACGACCUGUCAGGUGAUCGGUUGAUGUUAUCGAAAGCUGAGGAACUUGCCAAUUGGCUUCUUCCAGCAUUUGGAACGAAAUCUGGGAUCCCCAUUGAGAGCUACCAACUUGGAUUAAAUCCUGCAGGAUCACCUACAGGUGUUACACACUUGGCAGCAGCCAGCGGAUUUGUGUUGGAACUUACUCGACUAUCACAGCUCACUGGUAAUGAAUACUACAUCAAUGUUGCGCAACGAGCUAUGGGUUUUUUAAAUAGCAAAGACUUCACAUCGUCAUCGAGGUUAGGAGCCCUAUUCCCAACUACAUUCGAACCUGAAAAACCACAAGAUAUGAAAGGCGAAUACAGUUUAGGACACAAAACAAACUGCUACUAUGAAUACCUGAUUUCACUUUUUCGUGACGCUGAAGGGCUUGUUAUUGCUGGUAAACGAAGCAAUACAGGAGAAACUACGGUAUACACUCCUAGCCUUACGCAAGAUAGCUGUUCCUCUGCAGCAUUCAUUGGUAUGGGAGCAAGAAUCUUGGGCAGGCAAAAUGACUUGGACACUGCUUUACAGCAAACAGAAACAUGCCUGUGGGCUUACGAUUCUAGCCCUGUGACACUUGCAGCUGAGAGUAUGGUGGUUCAAGAUCCUUCAAACACUGAGUAUUGGGCACAGGUCAAUGUUACAAAUACCACAUACAAAAACCCAAUAGGAGAUCCUAUUCCAGGUGUAAAACUUGAAGAUCCUAGAUUUUUAGCAUAUCCAGAUACGAUUGAAGCUGUGUUUUACAUGUGGAGACUGACUGGUGAUAGAAAAUGGCAAGACAAAGGAUGGAUAAUGUUCACCAAUUGGGUUGAAGAAUGUAUAACUGAAACUGGAUUUGCUCAGUUGAAAGAUAUAAGCCAAGAAACUGGAGCUGAAUUGGAUGACAACCAAGGCGUGUAUGUCCUUGCAGAAAGCUUCAAAUACUAUUACUUGUUAUUCACAGAUCCCAACUUUAUAUCUCUAGACAAUUUUGUUUUCAACACGGCAUCACACCCCUUCAAAAUCCCACAAAAAAGUUCAUCAGGAUUAAAACUAUGGAAAGGACCAGAAGAAAAAAUCGAUUUACAAUACAAUCCACCCAUCCAAAAUCAAUUAAAAAAAUUAAAUCAGAAUCAACCUGGACAUGUUGGAAGUUGGGGUACUGUUUUACAACAAUGGUCUUGGACAAAAGAAAAUUUAGUCGAACCUAAGAUUCAUCAGAAUCUUUGA